CGUAGCUCCCUGACGGACCGGGAUUGGCCAGAGCGGCCGCCAUUCACAGCUCGGGCGGGGCCGACUGGGGGGCGCCUGCGCGUUGGGCCAGGCCGUGGGCGAUGCUGCUGUGGAGUGUGGCCCGGGGAGGCCUGGCAGUGUCAGUCGCUGCCCGCGGCCUGGGGCCACUAUCCAGCUGGGACUGGGGCCAAAGACUUCCUGGAGGUGGCAGCAUUCUUCACAGGAUCCGAGUCCGUGAAGGCCACAGAGAGUUCAGGAAGGACCAUGUGGAGGUGGGCUCCCAAGCAGGUGCAGCGGGCACUGGGCAGCCCGAGUCCUCCCUGCCUGGUGGGGGCCCCUCAGAACCCCUGUACCCGCCACCCCCUGAGCUCCAGCCCCCCACCAACUGCUGCAUGAGCGGCUGCCCCAACUGCGUGUGGGUGGAAUACGCAGACGCACUGCUGCAGCACUACCAGGACGGUGGGGAGCGGGCCCUGGCCGCCCUGGAGGAGCACGUGGCUGAUGAGAACCUCAAGGCCUUCCUCCGGCUGGAGAUCCAGCUCCGUGUGAGGAGUGGAAGCUGAGCCGCCUGGCCAGACAGCCUCACCCCGACAGAGUCCUCCUCGGGAUGCAGCACAGCCUCCUUUAUCUACGGGCCCUUUGUGCAGCUGGUGUCGACGGGAACAGGAAGAGUUGUUUAUUGACUUUGCCUGAGAAUAAAUAAGUUCUGUGUGGUGGUUAGACAGGAGGCUUUUGUGUUGUCAUC